AUGCACGGGGCACUCACAGAGUUCAGAGAAGUGUUACUGGGGUACCUUCUCCAGGUGAUGCUGUCCUUGGCAUCUCACUUGCAAAUGGUAGAAGCAGAGAAGCAGAAGCUGCGAGCCCAAGUGAGACGGUUGUGUCAAGAGAAUGCGUGGCUGCGGGACGAGCUGGCCUCGACUCAGCAGAAGCUCCAAGCCUCGGAGCAAGCUGUUGCUCAAUUGGAAGAGGACAAGAAGCACUUGGAAUUCAUGAAUUCUAUCAAGAAAUAUGAAGCUGAAAAUCCGCAGGAAGAUGUUGGCCUUGAUGCAAAAUCUGAACGCAGUGAAGAAUCUUCCUCAACAGUUGAUCUCUUUCCAGAUGAUGAUGCAGAUGACCGACAGACAAUAUCUCCUACUCCACCAAGCCAAUUUGCACAGCAAGUGAAUGCAGGUUAUGAGAUCCCCGCCCGUUUACGAACUCUCCACAACCUAGUGAUUCAAGAUCAGAAUAAGUAUAAAGAAGCUGCUAACUUGCUGAAUGAUGCACUUGCCAUCCGUGAGAAAACAUUGGGUGAAAAUCAUCCAGCGGUAGCAGCAACACUCAACAAUUUGGCUGUCCUCUAUGGGAAACGAGGGAAAUACAAGGAAGCAGAACCACUUUGCAAGAGAGCUCUAGAGAUUCGAGAGAAAGUCCUGGGAAAAGAUCAUCCAGAUGUUGCCAAGCAACUCAACAACUUGGCUCUCUUAUGUCAGAACCAGGGAAAAUAUGAAGAAGUUGAAUGCUACUAUCAGCGAGCUCUGGAAAUCUAUGAGAACAAGUUGGGACCAGAUGAUCCUAAUGUAGCAAAAACCAAAAACAAUCUAGCUUCUUGUUACCUCAAGCAGGGGAAAUAUAAAGAAGCUGAAAUCCUUUACAAGCAGGUUCUCACCAGGGCACAUGAGCGGGAAUUUGGGAGUAUAGAUGGUGAAAAUAAGCCAAUCUGGCAAGUGGCUGAAGAGAGAGAAGAAAAUAAAGGGAGGAAUGAACCUUCAGGUCAAGCUCCAUAUGGUGAAUAUGGAGCAUGGCACAAGGCAGCAAAAGUUGACUCCCCCACUGUCACAACAACCCUGAAAAAUCUUGGAGCUCUUUAUCGACGGCAAGGGAAGUUUGAAGCUGCAGAAACCCUUGAAGACUGUGCAAUGCGGUCGCGAAAGGAGGCCUUGGAUCUAGUGAAGCAAGGGAAGGUGGCAGGGCUCCUGGACCCAUCAGGUGGGAGCGAGAAGCGUCGUCAGUCCUCUGCAGCCAAAAAGGUUGUUGGCUCCCGAGAAAGCCUUCACUCAUAUGGUGCUAGCGAAGAAAUGCACCCAGUUUCUUCUCAACUAGGUUUUGUACAGAGAUCUGACAGGGACUCCAGUGCAGAGGCCGAGCCACGACCGGGGGUUGGGCACUCAUGCAGCAACUCGAUAUCAUCAAAACUGAGGGCUUCCAUUCAGCGAUCUUCAGCCAAACUGGUGCACCGGCUCAGAGGUAGUCCCUCAAAUUCCAUCGAUGACUGGUAUCAAAGCAUGAAACGAGCAAGUUCAAUGUCAGUUCUUAGUGGACCAGCAGAAAAGGGACCCUCUCCAUUCAGUCUUGGUGGGAGAACAGCUAGUUCUGAGACCCUGCAAGCUCGGGAUUUCAAUCCAAUGAACCAGUCCUUCCCUCUCUUCUUCCUCAAGAAUAUGAUAUGCCCAGAUGCCAGUAUGCAGAAGCUUAAGAUCAUGCAACCUGUCCCAUUCUUGAGCAUCUGCUCCACCUUGAUUAGCACUGGCCUGCUCAAUGUCCACACGGUGUGGAAGACGGUGAUGGGUGUUGAGGUGUGUGAACCUCAACCCCGUCGUGCACACUGUGCCUACCCUAAGAUGGCUGAUGUCACAGAUGCAGAUGUUGGAGCUGGAGACUCCAGUGUUGAAGCCCAAGUAUCUUUGGCUGAUUCUAGUACCUUCCUGCAGCACAUGAAAAGGGUCAUUGCUGUAUUCUUAGAGGAAGAGUGUACAGUAUCUCCAGAUGAGGUUGUUCCAGGGGGAAGCAGUGCUGAAAAUGUUGAUGCAGAGGAGGAGAAAGACUUAGCCCACAUUGCAUUUGCAAAACGAGGUGUGGUCAUUGAAGCUGGAAAACCAAUAUCUUCUCAGCUGAGGAUGAUGAUAUUAAACGAAGGGUCCCUUUAUGAGACGCUUCAUUCAUAUGUGAGCAAUAUCAUCACUCCAGUCUUCAAGAGCCAUGUGCAGGAAUCUGGGAAAACUGAAAGGGCUGGAGAUAAAAUGGUUCCUACUGUGGAAAAACACAUGGCCCAGCUGGAGUUGGGUCUGCUCCAUCUACAGCAGAACAUAGAAAUUCCUGAGGUAUCUCUUCCUGUACAUCCAGUAGUGGCACAAGUAAUCAAGAAGGCUGCUGAGCGAUCACUCCCUCCAAAAGUAGAUGACUUUGGUGACAAAGUAGAGGACCCUGCCUUUCUGAAUCAACUUCAGAAUGGUGUUAAUCGUUGGAUCAGAGAAAUACAGAAGGUCACAAGAUUAGACAGGGAUCCAUCAUCUGGGACUACUCUGCAGGAAGUCAGUUUCUGGUUGAACUUGGAACGUGCGCUUCAUCGCAUCCAGGAAAAGAAACAGAGUCUUGAAAUCUCUCUGACUUUAGAUAUCUUGAAGAAGGGGAAAAGAUUCCAUGCUACUGUCCUUGGUUCCAGUCGACUAAUGCAUAUUCCUUUUGAAGAGUUUGAGAAGGUCAUGACAUCCUGCUUUGAAAUUUUCAACAUUUGGGAUGAUGAGUAUGAGAAGCUUGUCAGCCUUUUGAGGGAUCUAGUGAAGCGACGGAGACAGGAGCAUGUGAGGAUGGUGUGGAGGAUAUCACCAGAUCACAAGAAACUCCAAACUCGUAUGGAGCAAAUGAGGAAAUUCAGGCGGCAGCAUGAGCAGUUACGUACUGUCAUCAUGCGAGUUUUGAGACCUGCCAUCACUGCAGCCCAGUCUCCUCUUGCCCAGACCCCUGAUGCUGAGAUUACUGCUGAACCCAAAGUGGACCCUCAAUCCCUUGAUGUGUCUGACAUUAAUGUUGCAGAGGAAAUUGAACUGGCUUAUGAAAAUGUCAAAGCUGUGGAGAGUCUGGAUGUAACCAAAGAAGGUAAUGAGGCAUGGCAGGCAGCAAUAAAAAGGUAUGAAGAACGAAUCGAUAGGGUGGAGACAAAGAUCACUGCCCGGUUGCGUGAUCAGCUAGGAAUGGCCAAGAAUGCCAAUGAGAUGUUCCGCAUCUUCUCCCGUUACAACGCUCUCUUUGUUCGUCCUCACAUUCGAGGGGCCAUUCGAGAGUACCAGACACAGUUGAUCCAACGGGUCAAGGAUGACAUUGAGAAGCUUCAUGAAAAGUUCAAGAUUGGCUAUGCUUCAAGCCAGGCAUCACGAAUGAGCCAUGUGAGAGAUGUGCCUCCUGUGUCUGGCUUUAUUAUUUGGGCCAGGCAGAUAGAACAGCAGUUGAUGACAUACCUUCAACGAGUGGAAGAUGUCCUUGGCAAAGGUUGGGAGAGUCAUGUUGAAGGUCAGAAACUCAAGGCUGAUGGUGAUAGCUUCAAGAUGAAGCUAGAUACAAAGGAUGUGUUUGAAGAGUGGGCAAGGAAUGUCCAACAUAGAAACUUUGGGGUCACUGGACGAAUUCUUGCAAUUGAUAGUCAGCGCUCAAGAGGUGGAAAGGGCUCCAUACUGAAGCUUCGUGUGAAUUUCCUUCCUGAAAUCAUCAAUCUCUCUAAAGAAGUGAGACAUUUGAAGGGGUUGGGUUUCAGAGUCCCUCUAGCCAUUGUCAACAAAGCCCAUCAAGCAAAUCAACUUUACCCAUUUGCCAUUUCUCUCAUUGAGAAUGUGCGAACUUAUGAAAGAACUCUCGCAAAGGUUGAGGAGAAAGCCAACAUUGAACUACUGGUGGCUUCCAUUCAUAAGGAUGUCCAGCAUCUGAUAUCUGAGGGCUUCACUCUUGUCUGGGAGAGUUACAAGUUGGAUACAUAUGUAAGUAGACUUGCUGAGGCUGUAUUGAGAUUCCAGGAGAAGACAGAAGAUGUUCUUGCAGUCAUGGAGCAAGUAGAGGCAGACAUUCGCUCAUUGGAGACAUGUGCCUAUUCUGCCAACACCUUUGCAGAUAUAUUAAACAAGAUCCAGAAAUCUGUAGAUGACCUGAGUCUAAAGCAGUACUCAAACCUACACACAUGGGUGUCUCGUCUUGAUGAAGAGGUUGAAAAGAAACUGGCAGCAAGAUUGGAAGCUGGUAUUCAAGCAUGGACACAAGCUUUAGAAGGUGGAAAAGAAGAGCCUGAUUUCAACAUGGAUACUGAUGCUCCUCCAGCCCCCACACACAAAGCUGGUGGGGAUCCACAGAUUGUGGCUUCAAUCCAUGAGAUCCGCAUCACUAAUCAAAUCAUGUACCUGCAUCCCAGUAUUGAGGAAGCCCGUGCUAAGAUCACAUAUCAGAUGUUUGCCUGGGAAAAUGUCAUCCUUCUUCAGAAGAGAAUACAAAGUUCUCGUUAUCAGGCAGCCCUGGACCGGCCAACAGGCAUGACAUACAAGAAUCUCUUGCCUAAGAUCCCAAGUGGGAGUGGGAUCCUGGAUGCAGCAUACCAAGCAAUUGAGAACAAGAUGAACCAGGUUCAAAAGUAUGUAAAUGAAUGGCUCCGAUACCAAUCACUAUGGGACUUGCAACAAGACAACCUCAUAUCUCGCCUUGGAGAGGAUGUUUCUAAGUGGAUGAAGUGUCUGAAUGACAUUAGAAAGUGCCGGACAACAUUUGACACAAGUGACACUCGACGAGCUUUUGGUCCAGUUGUGAUAGACUAUGCAAAGGUCCAGAGCAAGGUGACACUGAAAUAUGAUGCAUGGCACAAGGAAGUCUUGAGCAAGUUUGGCCAGCUCCUAGGUCAAGAGAUGGCCCAGUUCCACAGUGCUGUGUCCAAGUCAAGAGGAGAUUUGGAAGGCCAAACCCUAGAAGCAGCUAGCACAUCAGAAGCUGUUGGGUUCAUUACCCAAGUCCAAGGGCUGAAACGACAAGUUCGCUCAUGGGAGAAACAAGUGACUCUCUACAGAGAUGGGCAGCGCCUCCUGGAGAAGCAGCGCUUCCAGUUUCCAUCCAACUGGCUUCAUGCUGACAACAUUGAGGGUGAAUGGUCUGCAUUUAAUGCCAUCAUGAAGCGUAAGGACUCUUCAAUCCAGACACAGGUUGCCAGUCUUCAGAUGAAGAUCGAGGCAGAAGACAAGGCAGUAGAAAGCCGAACAGCAGACUACCUUUCAGAGUGGGAUGCAUCAAAGCCAGUAGAAGGGUCCCUACGUCCAGAGGAAGCCCUGAGAAAGCUCAACAUGUAUGAGACACGAUUGACCAAGCUCAAGGAAGAUCGGGAUAAUGUAGCAAGAGCUAAAGAUGCUCUGGAGCUUUCCAGUCCAGGGAUGUCCACUGCUAGUGAAACUCACCUUCAAGUGGCAGGAGAAGAAUUGCUGGACCUCAAAGGAGUCUGGAGUGAGCUGAGUACGAUAUGGACUCAGAUUGACCAACUGAGGGACCAGCCAUGGCUCUCUGUGCAACCUCGUAAGCUCAGACAGCAGUUGGAUUCCUUGUUGACCCAGCUGAAGCAGUUGCCAGCCCGACUUCGACAUUAUUCUGCCUAUGACCAUGUGAAAAGACUCCUUCAAGGAUAUGCCAAGGUUAACCUUCUGGUGGUAGAACUGAAAUCUGAGGCCUUGAAGGAGCGACACUGGAAGCAGUUGAUGAAGGGUCUUCGUGUGACAUGGAACCUCAAUGACCUCACACUUGGUCAGCUCUGGGAUGUAGAUCUUCAAAGGAAUGAGAGUCUUGUCAAGGAUGUCAUCCUGGUUGCCCAGGGGGAGAAAGCUCUUGAAGAAUUUCUCAGACAGGUUCGAGAGGCCUGGCAGUCCUAUAUGCUGGAUUUGGUCAACUAUCAGAACAAGUGCAAGCUCAUCCGAGGCUGGGAUGAUCUCUUUACCAAGGUCAAGGAACAUAUCAAUUCUGUGACAGCCAUGAAGCUCUCCCCCUACUACAAGGUAUUUGAGGAGGAGGCCCUUACUUGGGAAGAGAAGCUGAAUCGCAUCAAUGCCUUGUUUGAUGUAUGGAUUGACGUUCAGCGUCGUUGGGUAUACUUGGAGGGUCUUUUCAGUGGCAGUGCAGACAUUCAGGCCCUCCUUCCUAUUGAAACCUCACGCUUCCAGAGCAUCAGCACUGAAUUCUUGACACUUAUGAAGAAGGUCACUAAGUCUCCCUUGGUCUUGGAUGUCUUGGCAAUCCCAGGCGUCCAACGAUCACUUGAGCGGCUUGCUGACCUCUUGGGCAAGAUCCAGAAGGCACUUGGUGAAUACCUUGAGAGAGAAAGAGCAUCUUUUCCCAGGUUUUACUUUGUUGGGGAUGAAGAUUUGCUUGAAAUCAUUGGAAACAGCAAGAACAUUCCUCGGCUUCAGAAACACUUCAAGAAGAUGUUUGCUGGUGUUGCAUCCAUCACAUUGAAAGAGGAUUAUUCUGCUAUCCUGGGAAUAGCUUCACGUGAAGGAGAAGAGGUACAUUUCCCCGAACCAGUGGACCUAUCACAUGUACCAAAGGUGAAUGAAUGGCUGACGGAGGUUGAGCAAAAAAUGAGGCUCACCCUUGCUGGGCUCUUAGCACAAGCUGUCUUGGAUCUCAAACUUUUGAGAGAAGAAGGGAUUGCAGCUGGACCGUUCCUCCAAUGGGUUGACAAGUAUCAGGCCCAAAUAGUCAUUCUGGCAGUGCAAAUCUCUUGGAGUGAGUCAGUGGAGGGAGUUUUGUCCUAUUCUGAGCGUGGAGGGAACAAGGAUUCCAAAGCCUCCCUCAAGGGUGCACUGGAAGAUGUUGAGACUACAUUAGGAAUUCUGGCUGAUGCAGUGCUGCAGGAGCAGCCUCCUGUCAGGAGGAAGAAGCUUGAGCAUUUGAUCAAUGAGUAUGUGCACAAGCGAACAGUGACUAGGAUGCUGAUUCAGGAGAAGGUAGAUAAUUCGAAGAGCUUCCAGUGGUUGACUCAGAUGCGCUUCUACUUCGAUCCCAACAAUCCAGAACCCCUUCAGAAAUUAACAAUAUGCAUGGCCAAUGCACGUUUCUAUUAUGGAUUUGAAUAUCUGGGUGUUCAGGAGAAACUUGUGCAGACACCUCUGACAGAUCGCUGCUAUCUCACAAUGACCCAAGCGUUGGAGCUUAAGCUUGGAGGAUCACCAUUUGGUCCUGCUGGAACUGGAAAAACUGAAUCUGUCAAGGCUUUGGGACAUCAGCUUGGGAAGUUUGUGUUGGUCUUCAACUGUGAUGAGACAUUUGACUUCCAGGCUAUGGGCCGCAUUUUUGUGGGACUGUGCCAGGUUGGAGCAUGGGGGUGCUUUGAUGAGUUCAAUCGCUUGGAAGAGAGAAUGCUGUCAGCUGUGUCUCAGCAGAUUCAGACUAUACAGGAAUGUUUGAAGUCUCAGGCUGAAGCUGGAAAGAAGGAUGCCAGCAUGACUGUGGAGUUGGUUGGAAAGCAGGUGAAAGUGAGCACUGAUGUUGCCAUAUUCAUCACCAUGAACCCAGGAUAUGCAGGCCGAUCCAAUCUCCCUGAUAACCUCAAGCAGCUGUUCAGGUCCCUUGCCAUGACCCAACCUGACAGGCAGCUCAUUGCACAAGUCAUGCUUUUCUCCCAAGGCUUCCGAACAGCAGAGAAGCUGGCUUCCAAGAUUGUGCCAUUCUUCCAGUUGUGUCAGGAGCAGCUUUCUAAUCAAUCCCACUAUGACUUUGGCCUGAGAGCACUCAAGAGUGUCCUUGUGAGCGCUGGAAAUGUGAAACGAGAGCGUUUGCAAAAAAUCCGAGAAGGACGUGUUGCUCGAGGCGAAGAGAUAUCCAAGGAAGAACCAGUUGCUCAAGGCACAGCUGAGCAAGAGAUUCUGAUUCAGGCUGUGUGUGAAACCAUGGUCCCCAAGCUUGUGGCUGAGGACAUUCCACUGCUGUUCUCACUCCUUUCAGAUGUCUUCCCAGGCAUCGAGUACACUCGGGGUGAAAUGGAUGCCCUCAAGGCUGAAAUCCGCAAAGUCUGUGCUGAAAUGCAUCUUGUGUGUGGAGAAGGUGAUGAACCUGGUGGGCAAUGGAUGGAUAAGGUCCUCCAGUUGUACCAGAUCUGCACCCUCAGCCAUGGUCUCAUGAUGGUGGGUCCCUCUGGCAGUGGCAAGUCAACUGCAUGGCGAGUCCUCCUCAAAUCUCUUGAGAGGCUUGAAGGCGUAGAAGGUGUCCAUCAUGUCUUGGAACCAAAAGCUAUCACAAAGGAGAUCCUCUAUGGUUCCCUUGAUCCAAACACAAGAGAAUGGACUGAUGGGCUCUUCACUCACAUUCUGAGGAAGAUCAUUGACAAUGUACGAGGGGAGAUCAACAAGCGGCAAUGGAUCAUAUUUGAUGGGGAUGUUGACCCUGAAUGGGUUGAGAACCUGAACUCAGUGUUGGAUGACAAUAAACUCUUGACCCUCCCCAAUGGAGAAAGGCUGUCAAUCCCUCCAAAUGUUCGCAUCAUGUUUGAGGUCCAAGACUUGAAGUUUGCUACCUUGGCCACAGUGUCCAGAUGUGGAAUGGUGUGGUUCUCUGAAGAUGUGUUGUCUUCUGACAUGAUCUGUGAACACUUCCUUCAGAAAAUGAGAGAAAUCCCUCUGGAAGAAGGAGAAGAGGAUUCUCGCUUCUCCUUUGGGUUGCAACCCUCUGGGGAGGACAAGGGUGUCUCUCCUGCACUGCAGGUCCAAAGAGAUGUGGCAAACAUACUGCAGCCCUACUUUGGUCCAGAUGGUCUGGUUCUUCGGUGCAUGGAGCAUGCAGCUGAAAACAUGGAGCACGUGAUGGAUUUCACCCGCCUACGAGCUCUAGGGUCCCUCUUCUCCAUGAUUAAUCAGUCACUGAGGAACAUCUUGCGAUACAACCAGAAUCAUUCAGAUUUUCCUAUGAGUGUGGAGACAGUGGAGAAGUACAUCCCCAAGGCAUUAGUGCAAGGGAUUCUCUGGAGUUUCUCAGGGGAUUGCAAGCUGAAGGGGAGGCAGGACUUGGGUCAAUUCAUUGCUUCAGUCACCACAAUCCCAUUACCUCCACCACCUGUUGUUGAUUACGAUGUGAACAUCAAUGGGGAUUGGGUUCCACUAGCAGCUGGAGUUCCUCAGAUUGAAGUUGAAACUCAUAAGGUGGCUGCACCAGAUGUUGUUGUACCCACUGUGGACACUGUGAGACAUGAAGCCCUAUUGCACACAUGGUUGGCUGAGCACAAGCCUUUAGUGUUGUGUGGUCCACCGGGAAGUGGGAAGACAAUGACCCUGUUUGCUGCCUUGAGAAGCCUCCCUGACAUGGAGGUAGUAGGUCUCAACUUCUCAUCAGCUUCAACGCCUGAGUUACUCCUGAAGACCUUUGAUCACUACUGUGAAUAUCGGCGCACUCCAAAUGGCAUUGUCUUGGCUCCUGCUCAGAUUGGGAGAUGGAUUGUGAUCUUUUGUGAUGAGAUCAACCUCCCAGACAUGGACAAGUAUGGAACUCAGCGAGUUAUCUCAUUCCUGCGACAGCUUCUUGAACAUGGAGGCUUUUACAGGACAUCAGAUCAGGCCUGGGUGCAACUGGAAAGGAUUCAGUUUGUGGGAGCAUGUAACCCUCCCACUGACCCUGGGAGAAAACCUCUGUCACAUCGAUUCCUGAGACAUGUCCCUGUCAUCUAUGUUGACUAUCCUGGGGAGACUUCCUUGAAACAGAUUUAUGGGACAUUCAACCGAGCAAUGCUGCGGCUGAUCCCAUCAUUGAAGGCAUUUGCUGAGCCACUCACAGCUGCUAUGGUAGAGUUUUACCUGUUGAGCCAAGAACGAUUUACCCAAGAUAUGCAGCCACAUUAUGUAUAUUCUCCCCGUGAGAUGACCCGCUGGGUUCGAGGCAUCUGUGAAGCACUCAGGCCCCUGGAAUCCUUGUCAGUUGAAGGUCUUGUGAGGCUCUGGGCCCAUGAAGGUCUGAGGCUGUUCCAAGAUCGCUUGGUUCUGGAGAGUGAACGUACCUGGACAGAAACAAACCUGGAUGAAGUUGCCAUGAGACACUUCCCUGGCAUUAAUCACAAGGAAGCUCUGGUCAGACCUAUCCUCUACUCCAACUGGCUUACUCGAGACUACCUCCCCGUUGAUAGGGAAGAGCUCCGCAACUAUGUGAAGGCUAGGCUCAAGGUGUUCUAUGAAGAGGAGCUGGAUGUUCCAUUGGUCCUUUUCAAUGAAGUCUUGGACCAUGUCCUUCGAAUAGACCGAAUUUUCCGACAACCUCAGGGCCACGUUCUCCUCAUUGGGGUAUCUGGUGCCGGGAAGACAACUUUGGCCCGCUUUGUUGCAUGGAUCAAUGGCUUAUCAGUCUGUCAAGUGAAGGUUCACAACAAGUACACGGCAGAGGAUUUUGAUGAGGACCUGCGAAGUGUCCUCCGGCGGGCUGGCUGCAGAGGGGAGAAGAUCUGUUUUGUCCUUGAUGAAUCCAAUAUCCUUGAAUCUGGGUUUCUAGAAAGGAUGAACACUCUCUUGGCCAAUGGUGAAGUUCCUGGACUUUUUGAAGGUGAUGAAUACACAACACUGAUGACACAAUGCAAAGAAGGAGCUCAGCGGGAAGGACUGAUGUUGGAUUCCACAGAGGAGCUUUAUCGGUGGUUUACUCAGCAGGUGAUGAGGAAUCUGCAUGUAGUGUUUACAAUGAACCCAUCUGCCGAAGGACUCAAGAGCCGAGCUGCCACUUCUCCGGCUCUCUUCAAUCGAUGUGUCCUCAAUUGGUUUGGGGAUUGGAGUGAUGAAGCUCUCUUCCAGGUUGGAAAGGAGUUCAUGAUCCGAGUUGAUUUGGACCGUCCCAUGUGGAGGGCUCCUGAUUUCUUCCCAGCUGCAUGGGAGGGAGUACCUCAACCACCUACCUACAGAGAUGCUGUUGUGAAUGCUUGUGUUUAUGUCCAUCAGACUCUCCACAAGGCCAACACCCGGUUGACAAGGAGAGGAGCUCACACAAUGGCCAUCACUCCUCGGCACUAUUUGGACUUCAUCAACCACUAUGUGAAGCUCUACAAUGAGAAACGGUCUGAAUUGGAAGAGCAGCAGCUUCAUUUGAAUGUGGGCCUGAAGAAGAUUGCUGAGACUGUGGAGCAGGUGGAAGACAUGCAGAAGUCUCUUGCAGUCAAGUCUCAAGAGCUAGAAAUCAAGAACGACGCUGCCAAUGCAAAACUGCGGCAGAUGGUGGAGGAUCAGCAAAAAGCUGAGGAUCAGAAGGGUCAGAGUCAAAUAAUCCAGAAGGAACUUACCAAGCAGAUGCAAGACAUCAAGGAGAAGACCCAAGAAGUGAUGGCUGACUUAUCUCAAGUUGAACCAGCUGUUCUUGAUGCUCAGCAGGCUGUGCAGUCAAUCAAGAAGCAGAAUUUAGUUGAGGUGAGGUCCAUGGGAAACCCACCAGCUCUUGUAAAGUUGGCUCUCGAGUCAAUAUGCCUGGUCCUUGGUGAGCCUGUGUCAGAUUGGAAGAGCAUCAGGAGCAUUCUGAUGAGGGAGAACUUCAUCUCCACUAUCAUUACCUUCUCAACGGAGAGCAUAACGGAUGAUGUUCGUGACCAGAUGAGGAAGAAGUAUUUGAGCAAUCCAGAUUACAACUUUGAGAAGAUCAAUCGUGCUAGUAAUGCAUGUGGGCCUCUGGUCAAAUGGGCCAUUGCUCAGAUCAACUAUGCUGAUAUGCUGAAGAAGGUGGACCCAUUGAGGCAGGAACUAGCUUCUUUUGAGAGCAAGGCAGAAGAGAAUCGAAACAAGGCAAACGACAUUGCAGCUGUCAUUGAGAGAUUGGAAGCAUCUAUUUCCAAGUACAAGGAGGAGUAUGCCAUCCUCAUCUCUCAGGCUCAGGCUAUCAAGCAAGAUCUUGCUAGUGUUCAGGCCAAAGUGGAUCGAUCCAUGGCUCUCCUUCGCUCCCUGAGUGCGGAACAAGAGAGAUGGGAAGGGAGCAGUGAGGCCUUUAAGAGCCAAAUGGACACAAUUGUGGGUGAUGUCCUCCUGUCUGCUGCUUUCCUUGCUUAUGCUGGCUACUUUGACCAACAGUACCGUCACAAUUUGUUCACUACAUGGUCUCAUCACUUGCAAGCUGCAAAAAUUCUCUUCCGGUCAGAUAUAGCCCGAACAGAAUAUCUCUCCAAUCCUGAUGAAAGACUCAGAUGGACUGCACAUGCCUUGCCUUCUGAUGAUCUUUGCACUGAAAAUGCUAUCAUGUUGAAGAGAUUCAAUCGAUACCCAUUGAUCAUUGAUCCAUCUGGACAAGCCACUGAGUUCAUCAUGAAAGAGUUUGAAGAGAAAAAGAUCACCAAGACCAGUUUCCUUGAUGAUGCUUUUCGCAAAAACUUGGAGUCAGCCUUGAGAUUUGGGAACCCAUUGCUUGUUCAGGAUGUGGAAAAUUAUGAUCCAAUCUUGAAUCCUGUGCUGAAUCGUGAACUGCGUCGCACAGGUGGCCGAGUCUUGAUCACUUUGGGUGAUCAAGACAUUGAUCUUUCCCCUUCAUUUGUCAUAUUCCUGUCCACACGGGACCCAACUGUGGAAUUCCCUCCUGACCUCUGUUCUCGAGUGACCUUUGUCAACUUCACUGUGACCAGAGCCUCUCUUCAGGCUCAAUGCCUCAAUCAGGUAUUGAAGGCAGAACGACCUGACAUUGAUGAGAAGAGAUGUGACCUCCUCAAACUACAAGGUGAAUUCCGUUUGCGACUGAGGCACUUGGAGCAGAGUUUACUGGGUGCACUGAAUGAGGCAAAAGGACGUAUCUUGGAUGACGAUAGGGUCAUAGAAACUCUAGAAACACUCAAAAUGCAAGCAGCAGAGAUUGGACAAAAGGUGGAUGAAACAGACAAAGUGAUUGCUGAGAUUGACACUGUCUCACAUCAAUAUCUUCCCUUGGCUCAGGCCUGCAGUUCCAUCUACUUCACAUUGGAGAGUCUGUACCAGGUUCAUUAUCUAUACCAGUAUUCCCUCCAAUUCUUCCUGGAUGUCUUCAAAGCAGUCCUUGGUAACAAUCCAAAUCUGGGAGAUGUCAAAGACCCUGCAAAACGCCUCACCAUCAUCACCAAGGACAUAUUUCAGACAUCGUAUGAACGAGUGGCUAGAGGAAUGCUGCAUGAUGAUCGCCCAACCUUGGCCUUGCUCCUGUGUCGCAUCUUCCUGCGAGGGUCAUUUAGCACUCAAAUGGAAGGAAACAGCUUUGAGCAUGAGUUCAAUUACUUCUUGCGAGGGAAGGAAACGGCAAUCACUUUUGCCAAGGAUGUUCCAUCAAUUCGUGGCUUGGAUCUUGAGCGAUCUCAUGCUGUCCAUCAGUUGAGCCAAAGGAUGCUGGCCUUCCGCAACUUGUUGUCCAAACUUGGUAACGAUAAUGUUCAAGUUUGGCUUCAGAGUCCAAAUCCUGAAUCUGCUGUUCCUCACCUUUGGGAAAUUGAAAAGCCUCUCAGUCCAAUUGGAACUGCAGUGUAUAAUCUGCUGUUGGUUCAGGCUGUGAGACCUGACCGAGUAGUUGCAGCUGCUCAGGAAUUAGUUGGCACAGUUCUUGGUAGCACCUUCAUGGAGGCAGCUGAAAGUGAAUUGAAGCUGAGCAUGAUUGUUGAGAAGCAGGUGAGAUCUCGAACCCCAGUCCUGAUGUGCUCAGUUAGGGGCUUUGAUGCAUCUGGAAGAGUUGAAGACCUUGCAGCACAGGAAGGGAAGCCCAUGACAGCUAUUGCCAUUGGAUCUGCAGAAGGGUUCACUCAGGCUGAGAAAGCCAUCAAUGCUGGUGCCAAGAGUGGCAGAUGGGUCCUGUUAAAGAAUGUUCACCUUGUCCCUGGCUGGUUGGUUCAGCUGGAAAAGAAGCUACACAGCCUUACACCUCAUGCAUCCUUCAGGCUGUUCCUCACAUUUGAACCAAGUCCUCGCAUUCCUGUGAAUCUCAUUCGUGGAGGGCGACUGCUUCUCUUUGAACCCCCUCCAGGGAUCAAGGCCAAUCUGCUUCGGACCUUUGCUACCGUCCCAGCAUCAAGGAUGAUGUCUGCACCAAAUGAGAGAGCUCGCCUAUACUUCCUGCUGGCAUGGUUCCAUGCCACUGUUCAAGAACGACUUCGUUAUGCUCCCCUUGGAUGGGCCAAGAAUUAUGAAUUCAAUGAGGCUGAUCUCCGUGUAGCCUGUGACACUCUGGAUACAUGGAUUGAUGCAACUGCCAUGGGCAGAUCAAACCUCCCACCUGAGAAGGUCCCAUGGGAUGCCAUUACCACACUCUUGUCACAAUGCAUCUAUGGAGGGAAGGUGGACAAUGACUUUGACCAUCGACUUCUCACAUCCUUCCUGAUGAAGCUAUUCACAUCAAAAAGUUUUGAAGCUGAUUUCCCCCUUGUGGAAGGAGACAAGACAGAGGAGAAGGUUUUCAUGCCUGAGGGGAUCCAAAGAGACCAACUGCUGAGCUGGGUGGAGAGCUUGAGUGAACGAUCCCAGACACCCACAUGGCUUGGACUCCCACCAAACGCUGAACGAGUACUUCUCACCAAUCAAGGGUCUCAAUUGAUUAGUCAUCUCCUGAAGAUGCAGCUUUUUGAAGAUGAUGAUGAAGCCCUGGAAGGGACUGGAUUAGUUGCUCCCAAGGAGGAUGAGGGCCGACCAACAUGGAUGAAGACACUGGAAGCCUCCUCCCUUGGUUGGCUUCAGCUUUUGCCUAGGGUUGUCCAGACACUACGUCGCACGGUGGAGAACAUCCGAGACCCCUUGUACCGAUUCUUUGAAAGAGAGGUCAACACUGGGUCAAAGCUGUUGAAGGAUGUACGGCAAGAUCUCCUCGAUGUUUCCCUCAUUUGCAAGGGAGAAAAGAAGCAGACCAACAGACAUCGUGCCUUGGUGAGCGAUUUGUUGAAAGGACUGGUACCAAAUGACUGGAGAAGAUAUACAAUUCCUGCAGGAGUGACAGUGGCACAGUGGGUGGUAGACCUUGCCACCCGAGUGGAACAGCUCUCGAAGAUCAGCCAGGCUACUGCUCAUGGAGGAGCCAAGGAACUCAAGGCCCUUCCAAUUUGGUUGGGAGGCCUCUUCAAUCCCGAGGCAUACAUCACAGCCACUAGGCAGUAUGUGGCUCAGACUAAUUCAUGGUCCUUGGAAGAACUGCAGCUUGAUGUGACUGUCAUGGAUUCUGACAAAGCCUCUACUCAUGAGGAUGGCUCUUUCAUUGUCACUGGCUUGAAGCUACAGGGAGCUAAGUGUGAGAAGAAUCAACUUUAUCUCACCUCGGCCAUCAUGACGGAGCUCUCGUCGACCCGAUUGAAAUGGAUAAGGAUGAGUGGAUCAGGAAGUGGAGAUAAAAAUGAGAGACAGAUCAAUCUUCCAGUGUAUCUGUCAGCCAUGCGAUCAGAGCUCCUCUUUACUGUUGAUCUCCAGGUUGCAAAAGGGGAGGUGGCCCAUCGAUUCUACGAACGUGGAGUGGCUCUCAUCACGUCCACAGCUCUUUGCUAGAUUUCUGUUCAUCCGUGUUGCAUUUGCACUCCUGCUUGAUGUGGGAAUUUUCUAUUUUGCCAUGUUCAGUAUGCAUGGAAUUUUAUGUUUUUAAUCUAUAUCUGUUAAAACUUAUCUGUUAAAUGUGGUCGAGAUCCACAGUUGCCAUAACUGCUAACUUUAUCACGAUGAUUUAGUCGCUGCUUCCGAUUAAAGUGGUGUUGGGAUGACAACAUUAAAUGUCUUGUCACAAAUAUCAGUAAAGAUGCCUGGCCCAGAUGAUGUAUGAAUUAUUACUCCUGUGGUCUUACAUCAAGUUAUAAGUAAGCAUUCUUUGCUACUGUGAAAACAGAGACCAUCAGUACAACGUGCCAGUUGUAUUGGUCUAUGAUAUCGAGAAGUUAUGAAAUGAAUAACAGUUUGGAAGGAAGAAGCAUGUUGGCAGGAGUCAGGUACUAUUUAGAUCUACUGCUUUUUUGGAUAAUAAAACCGCAUUUCAUCCUGUCCCUGAAA